GCAGAGAGACAGGGGGAAAUCUGAAGGAGGGGGGAGGCUGGGGUGAACGGAAGCUCGUCAGUGAAAGUUGUGCUCUGAUGUGUGUGACUCAGAGCUUCCCAAAAGUGAGAUUGCUCAUAUAAAGCGCGGUGGAGUCCAGUGCGCCUCAGGAUCUGCGCUCCGGUGCGGUGUGGACGGAAUGGACGCCAUGCUAGAAAACCCGGUCUUCUCCUGCUUUGUGUUCUACAGCACGCUCUUAAUCCUGAAGAUGUACACCAUUGCUGUCAUCACUGGACAAGUGAGGCUGCGGAAAAAGGCUUUUGCUAAUCCGGAGGAUGCAGACCGCCAUGGAGGACCACAGUUCUGCCGCACAGACCCGUACGUGGAGCGCUGCAACAGAGCUCAUAGGAACGACAUGGAAAAUAUCUUUCCCUUCUUGUUUCUGGGUGCCAUCUACUCCAUGACGGGGCCAUCACUGGUUAUAGCACAAGGUCAUUUCCUGGUCUUCUUCUUGGGUCGGAUCGUGCACAGUGUGGCCUACUUGUGUGCCCUAAAAGCGCCGACACGCUCACUAGCCUACACCAUUGCUCAAGUUCCCUGUGUCUCCAUGGCCAUACAGAUACUUCUCACUGUGGGCUUUUAUGUGUGAAGUGGUCCAGUUCUCUGAUAUGCAGAACCCUUCAAUAAGUUGCUACUUUUUUAAUUAUCGAUAGCUUGAGGACUAAAUAUAAUGCUUCCACACAGUAUAUUAUUUGUGGGACAAUUAUAUUAACAGUUCACCAAUGAGCCAAGGGGAUGGUAAAGGUCUGUUUUCAUUUCAUUUUGUUGUAUUUGUAGGAAAUCUGGAGUGUCAGGAAUCAGAUGAAGGUUUGAGUAAGGCUUAGUGUCCUUAAACUGCUGGACCUGAAAGUUUCUCCUGACUGUUUACAAAGCAGUGGCCACUCAACAAAAUGACCAUGCUCAGUAAAGGCCACUUCAUCAACAACAAAACUGUUAUUCAAGGGUUUCUGAACUAAAUGAAUGGUUUCCAUUUUAAAAGAGCCUUGUUCAGUGUGGGCCUUUCAGAGCUAGUGUAGCAUUAAAUAAAUGUUGUUACAUAAACGCUAGCUUCUCUCCUUCUUGUGGAUUAUACAACUCAUGGCAAAGUGUUUACUUAGGACCAAUACUUUGACAAAUGCGUUGAAUAUCAAAUUAACAAAAGGGGAAGCGACCCAGUGAGUUUAAAGCAGCAUUGUGUGAUUCUGAAUCUGAAUGAAUUUAACAAGUGCUAGAUGACUGCUAAAAACAAACAGCUAUAAAUUCCUCCUCUCCCUUCAGAUCUGCCUAAGAUAAUGUUUACACAUCUGAUUCAAUUUAAAGAAAAAAUAUGAACAUGGCGAAUAUUAAUAAGACCUCUAUUAGGUAACUAUUUGUUUGGCUAUUGUUAAGGUGAGCUAGCUACAUGUAAAAAGACUCACUCAUUUAGCCAAAAUUGGGAUGCUGGCAGUCAUCUACAUAAGCAAAAUAAUGUUAGUAAUGUAAUAUUACAGGUAGCCUUCCUAUACCAGUCAUUCACUUGGGCAGUAACUAUUGGGACUUAAUGUUUUGGAUGAUAAAUUCUGCUAGAAAUAAGACUAUGCAAAGUAAAAUAAUAACUUUCUCCAGAAGUAGCGCUAUCGCCACAUCGCUCCCUCAGCUCUCUCCAGCGUCAAAAAGCCAUACCAUUAUUUACUGUGGUCUUCCCUGACUCUUCCCAGAUAGCACACAAAUGUCAUCAUGACAUGUUUAAUUUAUAUCUUAGUUAAUUUGUUAUUUUAUCAUCUGCUCUGUCCAGACAUCCCUGCGUAUAAAUUUUUUUAUCUAAACCUAUCAAUGUUGCAGGGCAUCAUUUCAUCCUGCUGAUCUUUGCAAAAAGCAGAUAAAAACAUUUCCUUCAUGCAGGUUUCUUCCUGUGAUUAAUAUAUGUGACCUACUUUUUGAGGUCUUGUUUAGCUGAUAACCUAUGGUGGCCCGUAAAUGCAAACACAAAUCAAAAGAUCAGCAACAAAUCAGAAAACACUACAGCAAAAACCAAAAACACAGUAAAUUCAGAAACAACUCAAAAGGAAAGUGUGAGUCUUUAUUGAACAUCACAUGUUUGUUGCUAAUUGAACAUUGCAUAUGACUACAUGGUGCAGAAAAACCCACACUUUUUCAGACGUGUAUGUUAUUACAGUGAAGAGUAAUUCUUUGUUCUGAAUAACCAAGCUUCCUUUUCAGUAUUCACACACUCAUAUUAAUGCCAUGCAACGUUGACACCUUAUCUAAAUCAACAUCAUAUGAAUGCCCUUGAUAAAAACAAGCACAGAAAAAAGCAUGAGUAGAUUCAUGUAAGUUUAUAUAUCCUCUUACUGUAAAUAUCCUCUGUAGACUCGCUUUCUUCUAACCUCUCCAUUUCGAGUUAAUGUUGUGUGUCUUCUGAUGUUGUGUUUUUAGUUUGUUAACACAUUUUGCACUGUGGGUGACACAAUCAGCCACUGACUAAUGCCCCAACUCUGAAAGUUAAACCAAUGUUGUGCUGUCUUCCCCAUUAGCAAAUGAGCUCCUGGUUACAUUUUUGCAAUGUCAUCAUGACAGUGUUGGCUAGAUGUAUGUGUGCUAUCUGAUUUUCGCUGUCUUUUUAUAUGCCGCCUGUCUUUCACAUUAGCCCCGUUUUCCCAUUUUAGCAUGUUUGCACUUUCUGUCUAAUUUGUGCAUGUGCUGCUAUUAUUUAACCCAUUAAGCCUGAAUGUGAUUUUCUUUUUUUUAUCGUCUUGACUAUAGAUACCUAGGACAGUCACAGGAACCAGACUUACUCAGAACUCAGCAUUUGCUUUAUUUAUAUAUUUCAGAAUAGUUUAAUCAUAGUGUUUUUUAACCACACAAUGCAGCUUUAACCUGUGCUGGUUAUACAGCGUCUUGUGCAUUAGGCAAAGGAUGCUUGAUAUUUAAUAGUAGUGAGCAGUAAUGAUAUUAAAAGCUUGCAUAGUGUUUUAAUACUGUAUUUUUCACAAUGUAAUUGUAUAAUAAAUUAUAUCUAUAUGUUCUAGCAUAUAUUUUAUAUUUUUAAAAUAUUUUCAAACUAGUCUGAUGUCUGUAGGAAAGAUGUAGCUGCCAAAUACAAAAAUAAAUCUAAUAAAGGUAUUAUCUUUAUCUAUUA